UUGGACGCCGUACUUCAUCUGUGCCACAUAAAAACAGAGCCAACAGAGCAGUGACCAACUAGGCAAACGGGUGAGAAGCUGCAUAAUUCAGCAACAACAAAAAUGGAGUUUAAAAGAAGAGAGCAGCAUGCAGGCGAACAUGGACGAGCUGCUGCAGUGUGUCUGGGGCUGCUGUGUCUUCUCCUCCUGGUGACUCCUGGUGAUAACACAGAGAUUCAGACCGGGUCCAGCAACCCAACUGAAGAGGGGAACCCGUUACAGACCUGUCUCAACAACGUGACUCAGCUGCAAAUGAAGAUUGACAGGCUGGAAGAGGAGAAAAAAGAGAUGGUGUCACACAUAUGCCCAGAUGGAUGGACCUACUUCAACAGCAGCUGUUACUUCAAGUCUUCAGAAAGUAAAAACUGGAAUGAGAGCAGGCAGGACUGUCUGGGGAAAGGAGCUGACCUGGUGAUCAUCAACAGCAGAGAAGAAAACUCGUUUCUGAAGAACUCUGGUCUCACAGCCUGGGUUGGUCUGUCUGAUCUGGAAACAGAAGGGGAGUGGAAGUGGGUGGAUGGAUCAAGUCUGAGCUACAAGUACUGGGCAAAAGGUCAGCCUGAUGAUUAUGGUGGAGAAGACUGUGGAGAAGUGAGACCAACACGAGAUGGAUGGAAUGAUCUUCCUUGUUCUGAGAGGCUGCAGUGGAUUUGUGAAAAGAGGAUUCCAGUCCAUCCACCUUGGAUAUGAACAACAUUUUUUCUUGUCCUCUUACAUUAAAAAAGAAGGAAGCAAAGAACACAUAUUUUGCCUAAAUCAAACGACAUGAAUGAUUUUACUGCGACAGAUUGUCUUGAGAAAAUAAAAUAGUCUGGCUUGGGUGGAUAUUUCUGUUUAGAAUACAUUGCUGUCUCUCUUAAGUAAAUAAAGUUUAGGAAAGGUUUUUGUCAGGAGUAUAACUGUGACGACAAUCAGCAUUAAUUUGUAAGAGUUUGAGAUGGUAGAGAAAGCAGCCUGUUAUAUUUGCCUGUUUUCCUAUAAAAUAAAUAAAUGCAUCAAUAAAUUAACAUUUUCAAAAAAUAGCCUCAGCUAGCAAGAGUUGUUGUACUGCUUGAUUUUGUGAAAAGCUUAUUCU